AUGGUGCCUUGGGAGGGGGCGGGGGGACAGGACCGGCUGAACGGGGACAGGCAGGAGCGAGCAGCGGCUGCAGGGAGCGUAGAGGACACCCCUCCCCGCCCCUCCAGCUCCCCGAGGCCUGGGCCUUCGGCCCGGGGGUCGCCGGAGAGCGCGGGCAACGGGGACGUGGUGACAACCCGGGGGUGGGGCCCCGCUGACCCAGUUUGGGACACCGGAAAUCUGGGCUCCCCCCAACCCACCCCUGUGGUGGUGGCCUCAGUCGGCCCAGGGGGCACGGAGGAGGGUGGUCCCCCCGGAGCUGCUGAUGAAACUGCGGAGAAAUCCACCCGCCGCCUCCUGCCCCCCGGGGUCCCCCCAACCCGCCCCUUCGCCGCCCUCGCCUCCCCGUCCCCCCCCGGGGUGACGACGGCGGCGCGAACCUCCUCCUCCCGGCCCCGAGUCCGCGAGGGGUUAAGGGGCGCUCCCCUCGGGGGGCGGCGGUGGGUCCCAACCGGGGCCCCGGUGCCCGCCGGGCCCCGGGAGAGGAGGCCCGGCGGAUCCCCCGGUCGGGGCCGGCGAGGGGGGACGUCGGGCGGCGCCCACCCUGCGGGCGCGCGGGGGCCGGGCGCCCACCCUCCUGGCACCGAGGGGCCCGGGCCCCGCCCUGGCCGGCUGCCCGCGUGCAGGGAGGCGAGGGACAGAGAGGGCGCGGCGGUGGCGGCGGUGGCGGCGGCGGGCAGCGGGGGCUGGGUUAACAAUACACCAUUGGCCCCUUUGUGUGCCUGCCCUGGCACCUCGGGCCUGGGGGUGGGGGCACCGUGGCGGGCCAGGGUGGGGACGGGCCGGCGGGAGGGGCCGCGGGGGCGGGCAGAAAACGAAAGCAGGUGGCGGGAAAAGGGGGAAGUGGGCCGGAGAGCGGGGCCCACCCUAGGCCCGGACACUAGGCCCUCGUCUCCCCCCCGGCCUCGCCCGCCGUGUGUCCAUGGCGCCGCCGCCGUCGCCUCCUCGCUAGGCCCGGUAGGUACCUACCGGGCCUCUGGGGGAGGGGCCGAGGGGUCAGAGGUCAGCGGAGAGGAAGGCCGUGGAGGGAAGGCCCAGGCCGGGCGACGCCGCCGAGGCGGGAGAGGGCGCGGGGUCGACGCCCCCCACCCUCGGCUCCCACCCCCGAGGAAAUCGAGGUGGGUGCGGUGCCCCGGCCCGGGCCGGGGGUCUUCCCAGAAGCCCGGGGCCCGAGGAGGGGGGUCGUCGCCCUACCCCUCUCCCGGACCCACGGCCCGAGUCCGGGAAACCCGGCCGGAUGCCCGCCGCCCCCCCCAGCCCCCCGUACAGCUGACUGCCUCCCGCUUCCUUCCUGUUUCUGACCCCCCACCCCCUUUCGACAUCCUCCCGCCUUCCUUCCUCCCUUGGCACCCCCCGCACACCGACACUCACCCUGGCCCUCCGGACCGGACCGGGGCCCCCUCCCCGGGGAGUGGCGGGGAUGGGGGGCAUCGUCCCCGCCACCGGCCGGUCCCAACUCGGACUCCAACUCCCAGGCUGCACCGGGGACGGGCCUCUGGUCCGGGCCGGCCGGCCGGCCCCGAGCCACCUGCCCUGGCUCCCAGCCUCCCCUCCCGCCCUCCCGCCCGCCCACCCGGUUGCCCCCGCGCCCCGGCCUGGGGCCCCGGGGCCGUGCGGGUGGGCACCCUGGGCCCUGCCAGCUCCCGCUUGGAGCCGUGCCCGCCCCCUCCUCCGUGGGGAUCAAAGGGCAGGGGAGGCGGCCCCACCCGAGCCCCUGGCACAGGGGUGCGGAGGCCACGGGGCGGGCACAGGUGCAGUGAUGUGGAGGCCGGGCUGGGUUUGGUGGGGGGGACCGACAAUCACUGCUGCCGCUUCUGGGGUCUGCGGUGA